AUGAUUACGUGGGUAUCCAAAUAAAAAGAAAGUACGAGUCUCCAAACUCGAAAAGGGAACAUCACGUGCACAUCAAACCCUCGCGUCGCGUUUUCAAUUCCGCCAUAAACCCCAACCAUUAUAUAUACCUAUACCUACACAUACAUCAUUCCCUUCCCUUGUUCGCGAUUUACCCACAUAAAACCCUCAAAAACAAUCGAAUCGAAUCGAAUCAAAUUCGAAUCCGCGAUGCCUCCCCGCGCUUCAACCAAAAGAAAAUCAAACGCAUCCAAUUCUAAACCCCCCGCUAAAUCAGCUCGUACUGAACCUCCCGCUACUCCUGCAUCGAAGAAAGCUGCAUCGAAGGAAGUGGAACGCAUUGAUCAACUUUUUGAUUCUUAUGCAAACAAGUCACUGCGCAUGAUUGAUCCAGAAGGGAUUGAGGCACUUUGUUCGGAUUUGGGUGUUGCUCACACUGAUGUGAGGAUGCUACUGCUGGCCUGGAAACUGAAUGCUGAAAAGCAGGGAUAUUUCACAGAGGAUGAAUGGCAAAGAGGAUUGAAGGAGAUUCGGGCCGACACUAUAAAGAAAUUGAAGACUAGACUUUCGGAUUUAGUAAAAGAGAUCAGGGAGCCAGGAAAAUUUGAGGAUUUCUAUCUGUACGCGUUUCAGUACUGCUUGACUGAAGACAAGCAAAAGUGUGUAGACAUUGAUACAGCCUGUGCACUGUUGGAUAUUGUUAUUGGGUCCCAGUUCCGAGCGCAGGUUGAUUCCUUCACGGAAUAUCUGAAGAUCCAGAGUGAGUAUAAGGUGAUAAACUUGGAUCAGUGGAAGAGCUUUCACCGGUUUUGCAAUGAGAUAAGCUUUCCGGAUCUUAAAGGUUAUGAUAGCAGCGAGGCUUGGCCUUUAAUCUUCGACAAUUUCGUGGAGUGGUUAGAAGAAAAAUCAAAACUUUCAUCAGCUUGAUUUUUAUCUCCAUUGCGCUGUAAAAUACAAAUCUUUUAGACAAAGAUUUGGAGAAACUGUCGGAUGGAAACGCUUCUGGCAAAGCGUUGGAUCUCAGGGUGAAUUUAAUGGACCAUUUCAAUAGACGCCAUCUUUUAGAAUAUGCAGUCACUAUGUGAUACUUGUUCUUUCACCCUUUUUCCCCAAGCAUAAACAUGUACUUUGUCAUAUAUGGUCUGUUUGGAACAAAUAUCCCGAUGGACAAGGUAUAAUCACAAAUUUCAUUUAAAAGCUUAAAAUAUAAGGUGGAAUAAUGUAGACAUUUUUUUAGCA